AUGCGACUACCUCCAGACGAAUACUUCCCGUCACGGCCUUUGACGGCCAAAACAAACCACAGAAACGUGCACCAAUACUUCCCCGUCGAUACAUCUGGCCCGGGAAGUGACGAGUCGUCGUCCUUCUUAUCCCAGACCAGCGAAAAUGCGAGCGAGAAAGAGAGAAUCAGGCGUGCCUCUACCAGAUCAAUUCGUUUCGAAGACGAGCAAGGCGUUCUCCAAAAGAUGUACUCUACAUUCGUGCGCAAACUUACGUUCAAAAGCGGACUUCCACUCAAACCUGCCUUGAAGGGCAAAGAGAAAGCUGUGCCUGAUGAGCAUGUCUUACCCAACAACAGUUCCAACGAUAGUUUUGACGUAGGAGGCGAAGUCAAGGUCGCAACCAUUCCUCGCCCUAAGAUUCAGGAUGGCAGUCCACCUCAAGGGCCAUUGAGCCCUGGGGUUGGGCCUGCACCCAAGAGCACGCCGGUCUCCAAGGGAGAGAGCAAAACCGAGAAUAAAGUUAGCGGGCCUGAGGUCGCCGAUGGUAGCCAGUCACAAUGGACGUCAGUCUUUGAGGACACGCCAGCAAUCAUAGCCAAGCCAACACACAAAGGCAAAGGCAAGGGCAAGGCCGUAUCGGCAGAGGAUGCGCCAGAGAAUGUCGGGGCACAGACAGACGGACCUGCGUCUGAUGACGACUGCGCGAUCGAAGACUCGUCGACUGAUCAAAAAGCACACCAGUCCAAGGCUUCGGCAAUCAUUCGCUCGCGCACGCCAAGUCUAGAGCGACUGCAAGACCGCAGCGAUCGGGCAACGAGCGGCACGCCUUGGGGAGUGCUCAGAACAGAAUCACCGGAACGCCAGCCAGCGCGAUAUGCGCAUCCGGGCACACAAGAUCGCACGUUUCCCAUCCAGCCACUGCCUCCAGUACAGCCCUUUACAGGUCGGUCGGACUUCACCAUUAGGCACUUCCCUACGGCGGCAACAGGCUCCUCUGUGGCAGGACCGUCCUCAUCAAGGGUCCCAACAGUAGGAGUGGCAACCCCCAUGUCAACAAGAUACCACGUGUUAGUCGGCAAGCGCCUCGUGCAGAAGAGUGUCAAGAGCCAGCUCGGUAUAAAAGAGAUUCCGAGUCCAGCAAUUCGUCCAACCAAAAGUCUGAUAGACACAGCAAUUGGCUUUCUCUACAGCGACAAGGACCGGAGGAAUCCAAGCGAAGAGCACGAAGACAGCAGUCUUGAUUGA